AAAGUUGAUUGAUGGCGAUCAUAUGUUUUUUAAUAUAAUAUUGUCAAGAGGCAUUACUAUACAAAACGUUCCAUCAGCCGGUGCUUAAUUUUACGUGAAUUCCAUUGGAAACUUUCGAUUUUCUUAUCAGAUAAAAAACGCAUUUUACAUUCUGGUUAGUUUGAACCAAGUUCUGUGAUAAGACGCUCUUUUGUAUUAUAUCUAAAGCGUUCGCAAAGAGUGACUCGUCACUGUACAUACAAUCAUAAUAAAAUUCAACCUCACCGCGUGAAGGUCAUUGCACCGAUUUCGUCCUAUUCAAAACAAUAAUGGCCAAAACAAUUGUUAUUACCGGUGCUAAUCGAGGUCUGGGCCUUGAAUUUGUUCGUCAAUAUCUGAAACUGGAUAGUCCUCCGCAGCUUAUUGUCGCCACUUGCCGCGAUCCAGAUAAGGCAACGGAAUUGCGCGAACUGGCCGAUUCAAAUGCAUCGGUUUACAUCUAUAAACUGGAUACGACGGAUUUGGAUGCCCUACCUAAUUUUGCCAAUAGAGUGGAUGAGCUCGUUGACGAAAACGGACUGGAUGUUCUAAUCAACAAUGCGGGAGCAUACUUAAAGGUUUCAUUGCUGGAAGGAUCAUCCGACGAUUUGAUGGAGAAUUUCAAAAUCAAUGCCGUCGCGCCGUUCAUGCUGACCAGAACGUUGUUCUCUGCAUUGCGCAAAGCUACCGCCAAAAAUGAUGCCCAUCGACCGGCCGUUGUGAACAUUACAUCGAAAAUGGGUUCAAUGGAUGAUAACACUUCGGGUGGUCAUUACGCAUACCGAACGUCGAAAGCAGCAUUGAAUAUGAUCACCAAGUCGAUGAGCGUUGAUCUGGCGAGCAGUGGCAUCAAAGCCGUUGCAAUCCAUCCCGGAUGGGUUCGUACUGCAAUGGGCGGACCGAAUGGUUUAAUCGAUACAAUCGAAUCGGUUACGAAUAUGAUUCGCGUGAUCGGUGAAGUUCAGACUGGUAAGAAUAAAGGUUUGUUCCUCAACUAUAAUGGGGCGGAAAUUAAGUGGUGAGUUGAUAGGCUCAGCGAAAGAAAAUUGUAAUUCGGGAAAUUGUUACUUUGAUUCAAUAAAAUUGGAAAAUGUGAAAA